AUGCCAGCAAACACGGAGCUCUCUAACGCGUUACAAAAGUUCGCUGUGGCGUACAAGAACGAUACGCCUACAAACCUAAAGAUCGUCGACAUUUAUCUCGCGUACAUUAUGCUCUCCGGCAUCUUUCAGUUCAUCUACAUGGCGACUGUCGGCACGUUUCCCUACAAUGCCUUUUUGGCAGGGUUCAUUUCAACCGUUGGCAGCUUUGUCCUCGCAGUCAACUUGCGCAUACAAACCAACUCACAAAACAAGGACAUGUUCAAGACGAUAUCCCCAGAGCGAUCUUUUGCUGAUUUUGUUGUUUGCUCGCUACUACUCCAUUUCUUUUGUGUAAACUAUCUAGGUUAA